AUGAAGUUGACUGCUGUGCUGAGAAGAAUGAUCUCCUUUCCCGCACGCAGGGACGCCAGCGGCGCACCGCUGGUGAAGCUGUCGCGGGAGUUCUUUGACAAAAUGGCAUCCAACACACCGAGCACAUCAUCUGCCGUGUCAUCAACGGCAUCUUCCUCUUCAUCAUCGUCAUCAAAGUACACGGGCCCCGUUCUCGACACAACCCCGGCACACCUCCGAUAUCGUCAGCUCUCCGCAGAGGAGAUGGAAACCAUCGAGCUCGGCGGUGCUGCACCCUGA